GGGGACAAGAACCCAUCUUCUUACGAAUUUGGGGGAUACAUAUCCUGCUCGACAAUCGACAAGAAGGGCGGAAAUAUCAAAAGAGAGAGAAGGGGGCCGGGAGAUAGAUGGCGGGGUUGGGGUUGAUGUUUACCAUGCUGCUUUGCCUUUUGGCUGCAGCAAUGAUGUCAACGGUCCGUGGUGAGGACCCUUAUUUCUUCUUCACAUGGAACGUCACCUAUGGCACCAUCUCUCCCUUGGGUGUUCCCCAACAAGGCAUUCUCAUCAAUGGCCAAUUUCCCGGACCUAAUAUCAACUCCACAACCAACAAUAACUUGGUCGUUAACGUCUUCAACAACCUGGAUGAACCCUUCCUUCUGCAUUGGAGCGGUAUUCAACAUAGAAAGAAUUCGUGGCAAGAUGGACUUCUUGGAACUAAUUGCCCAAUCCCACCGGGGACAAACUUUACCUACCAUUUCCAAGUUAAGGACCAAAUUGGAAGCUACUUCUACUACCCAUCAACUGCCAUGCACAGGGCAGCAGGAGCCUUUGGCGGCCUUCGUGUGAAUAGUCGUUUACUCAUUCCUGUCCCUUAUGCUGACCCUGAAGAUGAUUACACUGUCCUUAUUGGUGACUGGUACAYCAAGAGUCAUUCUACCCUAAAAAACUUUUUAGAUAGCGGUCGCUCCCUCGCUAGACCUGACGGUGUCCUCAUUAACGGGAAGACUGCAAAGGGUGAUGGAACCGAUGAGCCGCUCUUCACUAUGAAGCCUGGAAAGACUUACAAGUACCGAAUCUGCAACGUUGGAUUGAAGACAACUCUUAACUUUAGAUUCCAAGGCCACACCAUGAAGUUGGUAGAGAUGGAGGGCUCUCAUGUCGUCCAGAACGAUUACCAAUCACUUGACAUCCACGUGGGACAAUGCUUUUCGGUGCUAGUCAGAGCCAACCAAGAGCCGAAGGAUUAUUACAUGGUUGCAUCCACUAGAUUUAUUAAAAGCCUUCUUGUCGGUAAAGGCAUUGUUCGAUACACUAAUGGCAAAGGCCCCGCCUCUCCUGAAAUCCCCGAAGCACCCAUGGGUUGGGCUUGGUCCCUCAAUCAAUUUCGUACCUUUCGUUGGAACCUUACUGCCAGCGCUGCUAGGCCUAAUCCCCAAGGCUCGUACCAUUAUGGUUCCAUCAACAUUACCCGCACCAUCAAGCUAGUCAAUUCAGCGACUAAGACCGAUGGUAAGCUGCAAUACGCCAUAAAUGGUGUCUCCCAUAUUGACCCUGAAACUCCGUUGAAGCUUGCAGAGUAUUUCGGAAUUGCUGACAAAGUCUUCAAGUAUGAUACCAUUUCUGACGAGGGACCGACAGAAAGUGCAACCACGGUGACUAUUGCUCCUAAUGUUGUUAAUGCAACCUUCCGCAACUUUGUAGAGAUCAUAUUUGAGAACCACGAGAAAAGCCUCCAAUCAUGGCAUUUUGAUGGCUAUUCCUUCUUUGCUGUUGCUAUUGAGCCUGGGAGAUGGACACCGGAAAAGCGAAAGAACUACAAUCUUCUAGAUGCCGUGAGUAGACAUACAAUUCAAGUCUUUCCUAAGUCAUGGGCAGCCAUUCUUCUUACACUCGAUAAUGUUGGAAUGUGGAACUUGAGAUCUGAGUUGACAGAAAAUCGUUACUUGGGACAACAACUCUACAUCAGUGUUAUUUCACCCGCUCACUCCCUCAGAGAUGAGUACAACAUCCCAGAUAACGCUUUGCUUUGCGGUUUAGUCAAGGGCAUGCCAUUGCCCARGCCAUAUACCAUUUGAGACAACUCAUCCAGCCUCCAACACUUCAAUUGAGAGACUAUGAUAUUAAUAGGGGUGGUCAUGAAUCUCCCAAUAAGUUACUACUAUAUAUUGGGAAAUUCAUGAAAACCUUUGCUGAUUGGAAAACCCUGAUCAAAAGAUCCCUUCGAUAAAAGGGGAAUAGGAAGUGUGUAACUACUAUUGCAACUAAGGAAAGAUUUAAUAACAAAAGACUUUUCUCCAGGGAACAACCAAGCAAGCUGCAGAAAUAGUUUCGAAUAUUUUCUUAAACCAACUCAAUAAGAGAGGAAGGCUAUUAUGCUCUUUUGCACA